UAAAAAUAGAAUCCUAUCAACAAAAUUUGCCAAGUUAAGAGUUCCCAUAAGCGUUGUUUUAAAAAUUUUAAAACAAUUGCGCAUUAACUUAAACAUAUUUAAAGUAAUAGAGAAACAGUAGUUCAAGACAAUAAGCUAUUAAAGCUCGAAUAGAGCGAAUCUAAAACAACAAAGAUUGAAUAACUUGGUUCUUCUAUUGAUUAUUUAUUUUCAUAGCAGGUAGUUAUAUAGCGCUAAGAUUUUAAAACACAAAACUACGAACAUAAAGCUCAAUUUCUUAUUCUUAUCUUUCCCGCAAUCAAAAUUUUUGAAAAUUAUUUCCAUCAUUAUGGCAACUUUGGCCAUAUAAUUAAGUGUCAUAUAAAACAGCUUAAACACAUUGAAAACUUCAACUAUUCUCAUUCUUCAAUUUGAAAGAUGCAGUUCGGUCUUAAAGUGAUUUUGUUAAUCAGUGCAAUAGUAGUUGUUUUCGCACGAAAUGACGUCUUGGUCGAAACUAAAUUGGGUAAAAUCCGAGGUUCGAUAUUGAGAACGGUUCAUAAUAAUGAAAUAAAAAGUUUUCGCGGAAUUCGAUAUGCGCAAGCACCAGUCGGUGAUAAACGAUUUAAAGCUCCUGUGAGUGUUGCAGCAUGGGGUCGAAAUAUAUUGGAUGCUACCAAAGAUGGAUUUCAGUGUCCUCAACCAUUCAUUGAACAUGAUCUUAUGUCUGAAGAUUGUUUAUGUUUAAACGUCUACACUCGCAAUUUGAGGGGGAAUAAGCCUGUUAUCGUGUACAUUCAUGGUGGUAGUAAUUAUCUUGGAAGCAGCAAUAGUGAAAGUGAUGUUGGACCAGAUUUUCUUAUGGACCAAGACAUUGUUUUGGUGAGCAUUAAUUAUAGGCUUGGAGCUUUAGGCUUUCUUAGCACAAAGACUGCGGAAGCCCCUGGAAACUAUGGAUUUCUUGAUCAAGUAAUGGCUUUAGAAUGGGUUCAGAAUCAUAUUUCAAGUUUUGGAGGAAAUCCACAAUCGGUGACAAUUGCUGGUCAAAGUUCGGGUGGAACGGCUGUCACUUUACUUUUGGCUUCUCCACUUUCUAGAGGACUUUUCCAUAAAGCUAUUACUAUGAGUGGAUCUUACACAAAUCACUAUCAUUUGGAUAGCUUAAAGUGGACAAGAAAAAUUGCAUCAGAAUUAGCUUGCCCGCUAUACAAUCCCAAAGAUAUUAUAAAUUGUUUGAGGAAUGUAACUUGGGAAAAGUUAAUUGGGGUAAAUGGAACUUUUGAAGCAUAUGGAUUCAGCGAUGAAGAAUGGAACUAUGAAGUAGAUGGCCAUUUUCUUCUUGACACACCAACAAAUUUGUUUGCUAAAGGGAAUUUCCACAGAGUUCCUAUUAUGGCCGGAAUAACAAAAGAUGAACUAACAUAUUUUUUCAACAAACAGGAAAAUAAUACUGGACUUUUAAAUGACAUAAGCAUAAAUUUCGAUAAAUAUGCCCCUCAACUUUUUAUCUUUGAUCGAAUUGACAAUGCAGUCGAUACAAGUAAUAGAAUCAAGAAAUUUUAUUUGAAGGACAAAAAAAUCCAGGAUCAACCAUUUAAUAAUUUUGCUGUGAUAUUUUCGGAUGCUAUUAUUAAUCAUGGUGUUCAUAGGCUAGUUGAACUAGCUCGAAAAUAUGUCGAUGUAUACUAUUAUCGUUUUGAUUAUCUUGGAAGAUUUAGUUUAAUUUUAGAUGACAAUGACAAGCCAAGAGGUGUUGGUCAUGCGGAUGAUUUGCAGUAUAUACUUGGUACAAAAUGGUUUGAAAAGAAAAUUGACUCUCGUGAUUCUGAAAUAUUUAUGGUUGAUAGAAUAACAAGGUGGUGGGCUAGUUUCGCUAAAACAGGCGUUCCUUGUGAUGAAUCUAGAGUUAAAUGGUUGCCCUCAAAUGAGGACAAUGUCUAUACAAUGUACAAUGAUAAAGAUAUUAAAUUGGGUGCUGAACCGUUUUCGGAUAGAUAUCGCUUUUGGGAUGAGUUGUUUCCGUUAAAGAAAUAGAAUUAAUCUGAAAUAUAUGUAUAAUGUAGGUAU